UUUUCCCACGGCGGCCCCACCCCUCUCCCCCUCCGGUCAGUCUCCGUCCUUCCAGAAGGCCGCCGGAGUAGACGCGCUCCGGCCACUCCCCCUCAGAUCCCGCCGCCGCGCCCCAGCCCCCAUUGCCGCGGGGUUGCACCGGACUUGCUUUUAUCAUAUGACCGGCAACAUGUUUCCUCAGUGAUAUCCAGGCAUGAUUUGGGUAUUGUUCAUAAUGCAGUUGGCUUCACAUGGCACCCGAGAUGACGAAGGGACACAGCUGGUGCCCCUUUGUGACCAGGAAGCAACGUCAGAUUCGCAGGAGAUAUUUUCGCAAUCUGACACCGCAGGAAGCUCCACCGAGUAUCUGGGCUCAUGUGAAAUCAAGCCAUUGAUUGUUGAGGAUGAAAACCACAAUAUCGAUGCGGAUGAAGAUACCCAUCUUGUCAUUCAAGACUUUCCACAAUGCCGGAUUUGCCUUGAUAAUGAAGGUGAUGACUUAAUUGCGCCAUGCAAUUGCAAGGGCACACAAAAGUAUGUCCAUAGGUCCUGUCUUGAUAACUGGAGAUCAACAAAGGAAGGUUUUGCAUUUUCACAUUGCACUGAGUGUCGGGCAGCAUUCUUACUUCGUGCAAAUGUUCCUCCAGAUCGAUGGUGGUUAAGGCUCAAGUUUCAACUUCUGGUUGCUAGAGAUCACACAUUGAUCUUUUUCAUUGUACAACUGGUUGUUGUUUUAUUGGGUAUGCUGGUAUACAGAUUUUAUGGAGAUGAGCUGCAAGAAAUGUUUGGCUAUGAACAGCAUCCUUAUGCUUUUUAUGCAUUGGCAAUACUGGCUGUUAUUUUGGUUGGUUUGCUAUAUGGAUUCUUCAUAGCUAUAAUAUGUGGACAGAGGAUCACCGAACGGCACUACCAUGUUCUUGCAAAGCAAGAGUUAACCAAGGAGUAUAUCGUAGAGGAUCUUGAAGGAGCUGAUCCAGUGGCAGACCUUGAUCCUAGCCAUGUCACGGAGCUGAGGACGCUGGGACUCUAUUGAGCAUAGCCGCAUAUAGCAUCAGGUAAACGGCAAUGAUGAAAUGGGGAAACCAGCCUAUUUCAGCAUAACUUGGAAGACUGUUGUUGCAUGAAUAUUAUCACACUUUCAUCACGAGGAAUGAAAAAUGGGCCUUUAUGUGGCGCAUAAGUGUAUAUUUUCAAAAGGAAAACAGGUCGUUCCUUUCUAGCCACCAAAUAGAAUUCAUGUUUCUUUUUUGUUUCAUGUAGGGUAGUUUGCUCUCAAAAUAGGAGAAUAAGGUGAGUUGCCUCCCACACAUUCUCAACAGAGAGGUUGCAGAAAUGCUAGGAUGCUGUGCUGAAUGUACUUUUUUUUUGUUAGAUAGAUUUCUUUCCUUUCCUUUUCCAGGUUCGUAAUAAAAUGUAACAUUUAAAGUUGGAAAUAUGUUCUCUAUUGUGCAUAUGUUGCAACUCUGCU